UCACUAUAGUAACAAGGAGGUGCAGAAAAAACGGAGCACUCACAUGGUCUUCAAGCUGUAUUCACGGGGGGCUCGGCAUGAGGAGCCUCUGCAGGAAGGCUAGACGGAAUAGGGGGGAAGCUCAGACGGCGGCCACGGUCCUGUAUCGCGCCAAAGGGCGCUUCGUCAGGCCGGAUAAUCGUCAUAGCGUUCCUCCUUGCUUUUUAGCCAAUGCUGUGAAUGAACAAAGAAGGUGAAACAGGUGAAAGAAUCCCAUCCUAAACAGUCAUGGCCUUGGCUGGAGUCCGAGUGCUGGAACUGGCUGGACUGGCCCCGGCCCCCUUCUGUGGAAUGAUACUUGCAGACUUCGGGGCCAAAGUCAUCCGGGUGGAUAGAUCCAAUACAACGUAUUCAAGCGACUCUAUGGCACGGGGUAAAAGAUCUAUAGCCUUAAAUCUGAAGAGUGUGGAAGGGAUUGGUGUCCUGAAGAAGUUAUGUCAGCAAUCAGAUGUCCUGAUCGAGCCUUUCAGACAUGGUGUGAUGGAGGGUCUGGGCCUGGGUCCUGAUGUUAUCCUAAAAGAAAACCCCCGACUCAUAUACGCACGGCUGACUGGAUUCGGGCAGUCUGGGAAAUAUGCAAAGUCAGCAGGUCAUGAUAUUAACUAUGUCUCCAUGUCAGGUUUGCUUUCAAGACUUGGAAGAAAGCAUGAGAACCCAACUUUCCCGCUGAACCUCCUUGCGGACUUUGCCGGCGGAAGCUACAUCUGUGCCUUGGGGAUUGCCAUGUCUCUUUUUGAGCGUACAAGAUCGGGGAAAGGGCAGGUCAUCGAUUCAAGUAUGGUGGAAGGUGCUGCGUACCUUGGGUCCUUUGUAUGGAAGUCGCAGAGCUUAGGAUUGUGGAGCAGACCUCGAGGGGAGAACCUGCUGGAUGGUGGAGCGCCGUUCUAUAGCACAUACAUGACUGCAGAUGGAAAAUACAUGGCUGUGGGGGCUAUCGAGCCUCAGUUCUAUAAAGAACUCUUGAAGGGACUUGAUCUCGAUUCCUCUGACCUUCCUAAUCAGAUGAGCUUCUCCGACUGGCCUGAAAUGAAAAAGCAAUUUACCGAAAAGUUUUUAGAGAAAUCUCAGGAGCAGUGGUGUGAGGUUUUCGAUGGCAUGGAUGCCUGCGUGACGCCCGUCUUAUCCUUUGACGAUGUCGCAGCGCAUGAACACAAUAAAGAGCGAGGAUCUUUCUUCUGUAAUGAUGAAGGCGAAGUGAGUCCUCGGCCCGCCCCGCUUCUCUCCAGGACACCCGCAGCGCCUUGCCCUAGCAGGGAUCCUUUGAUCGGUGAACAUACCCUUGAAGUGCUGGCAGAAUACGGCUUCAGCGCUAAAGAGAUUUCUGCUCUUCAGACUUCUGGAGUGAUCGCAUGCAGUAACCCGAAAUCCCAACUAUAGUCUCCUGUCCUGGGAAAGACAUGUAAUUUAAAUUUAACAUUUUGCACAAUACUGUUAAUUUUUGCAAAAAUAAUUUUCAAAGAUAUAUAUUGUUGUCUUUCAAAAAUAAGAAAUGAGAUUGAAAUAAAAUCUGUAUAUAUUUUU